AUGAAGAUCUUCUAUAUCGGAAUCCUACGAAAUGACCCCGUCCCUGCCGUCGAGCUCGCCGUCGAGCAGGACCUAUCUUCCUUUUCCCGCUUCACACGCGCCAGCUACAGCGAAUUCAUGACCAUGUUCGCCAAAACGGUGGCGGAGCGGACCAAGCCAGGGGUACGACAGGACAUCGAGGAGCGGGCCCAUACAUUCCACGCCUACGGCUCAAGCCAAGGGAUCGCAGGCAUCAUAAUCUCAGACGCCGAGUAUCCCGCCAUGGUGGCUCACCAGCUUCUCUCCAAGAUCGUGGACGAAUUCACGUCGCAGAACCCUCGGUCUUCCUACUCGUCUCCCUCUGUCACGUCGCGGCCUUACCCGCAGUUGAAGGAGUAUAUUCAAAAAUACCAAGACCCGAACCAGGCAGACAGUAUCAUGAAGGUGCAGAGGGAGUUGGAUGAGACCAAGAUUGUGCUGCACAAGACUAUUGAGAGCGUGCUGGAAAGAGGCGAGAAGAUUGACAGUCUGGUGGCCAAGUCGGAUGGCUUGAGUGCCCAGAGUAAGAUGUUCUAUCAGCAGGCGAAGAAGCAGAAUUCGUGUUGUGUGGUUAUGUGA